AUGAAAAAGAAAAAGGUAGCUAAAAAGGAAAAAGUUAUAUCACAUGGCAAACCAACUGAAGAGGAAAUUAAAAAGGAGACUAAACCGGUGAUUAAGUUUCCCUAUCCUCAGAGAGUGAUAAAGAAGGAACCAAGUGAGUCAUACUUUGAGAAAUUCAUGACAAUGUUUAAAAAGGUAGAGGAUCAUAUGUCUUUAUUUGAAGCACUCGAGAGAAUCCCCACGUAUAAGAAAUUCAUGGAAGAGGUAAUGGCCGAAAAGAAACCAACAGAAGAAGAACUGGUAGCUUGGAAGGAAAAGUAUAGUGCAAAUUCAUUGGAGCAGAAAAUUCCAAACAAACAGAAGGAUCCUGGAACGAUAACAGUACCGUGCAUAAUUAAAGGAAGAACCUUCAAAAGAGCACUAAUAGAUUCUAGAGCUAGUGUGAGUUUGAUGCCAUUAUCAAUCUAUCACAAGUUGGGUAUUAAAAAUGUCAAUGAUACAAAGACAAAUCUAAAGUUUACGGAUCACUCGAGAAAGGAUGCAUAUGGUACAACAGAAGACGUACUGAUAACAAUAGAGGAAUUGAGUUUUCCGGUUGAUUUUGUAAUCCUAGACAUACCUGAAGAUGAUGAGGAACCCAUCAUUCUAGGUCGACCUUUCAUGCAGACAAGUCGAUGCAAUCUCGAUAUGGAACAGGGUUUGCACAGUGCCUUGCAUAAAAGGGAGAAGGUAUUCACAUGGAAAAAGUUGGAAAAAUGA